UGGCUGGCCUCUGGGCAUGCGCAGUGGCCGCCUGGGGUUGGCGGCGCCGUAGAGUCCCCUACCGGAAAGGGUAAAAGCCGGGACCAUGUCGGCCCAGGGCGACUGCGAGUUUCUGGUGCAGCGAGCCCGGGAGCUAGUGCCCCAGGACCUGUGGGCAGCCAAGGCGUGGCUGAUCACGGCCCGCAGCCUCUACCCGGCCGACUUCAAUAUCCAGUAUGAGAUGUACACCAUCGAACGGAAUGCAGAGAGGACUGCCACCGCAGGGAGGUUGCUGUAUGACAUGUUUGUGAAUUUCCCAGAUCAGCCGGUGGUGUGGAGAGAAAUCAGUAUCAUAACGUCAGCGUUGAGGAAUGACUCACAAGAUAAGCAAACCCAGUUUUUAAGGAGUUUAUUUGAAACCCUUCCGGGUCGGGUCCAGUGUGAAAUGUUACUGAAGGUGACGGAGCAGUGCUUCAACACGCUGGAACGAUCAGAGAUGCUGCUGCUGCUGCUGAGGCGGUUCCCGGAGACGGUGGUGCAGCACGGGGUUGGCCUCGGGGAGGCCCUGCUGGAAGCUGAGACCAUUGAAGAACAGGACUCUCCUGUUAACUGCUUUAGAAAGCUUUUUGUUUGUGAUGUCCUUCCUCUCAUAAUCAACAACCACGAUGUUCGCUUGCCUGCCAAUCUGUUAUAUAAAUACUUGAACAAAGCAGCUGAAUUUUACAUCAACUAUGUCACUCGGUCCACACAGUUGGAAAAUCAGCAUCAAGGUGCACAAGAUACAUCUGAUUUAAUGUCGCCUAGCAAACGUAGCUCUCAGAAGUACAUAAUAGAAGGACUGACUGAGAAAUCAUCCCACAUCGUCGACCCCUGGGAGAGAUUGUUUAAGAUUCUAAAUGUUGUUGGAAUGAGAUGCGAAUGGCAGAUGGAUAAAGGAAGACGAAGCUGUAGCGACAUGCUGCACCGGAUGAAGGAGCUCUGCAGGUACAUGAACAGCUUCGACAGCGAAGCUCACUCCAACUAUAAGAACCAAGUGCUCUACUCCACGAUGCUGGUGUUCUUCAAGAGUGCGUUCCAGUACGUCAGCAGCAUACAGCCGUCUCUCUUCCAAGGUCCUAACGCCCCAAGCCAGGUUCCGCUAGUUCUUCUGGAAGAUGUAGCCAAUGUGUAUGGUGAUGUAGAAAUUGAUCGCAGUAAACACAUACACAAGAAGAGGAAGCUAGCUGAGGGAAGAGAAAAAACCAUGAGUUCCGAUGACGAAGAGUGUUCAGCAAAAGGCAGAAAUCGGCACAUUGUUGUCAGUAAAGCCGAACUCAGCAACUCCGUGGAAGUACUGGAGAGCUUCAAACUGGCCAGGGAGAGCUGGGAGUUACUCUACUCUCUGGAAUUCCUCGACAAAGAAUUUACAAGAAUUUGUUUGGCUUGGAAGACGGACACCUGGCUGUGGCUAAGAAUCUUCCUCACAGAUAUGAUCAUCUACCAGGGUCAAUAUAAGAAGGCAAUAGCCAGUCUGCAUCACUUAGCAGCUCUCCAAGGAUCCCUGUCUCAGCCACAGAUCACAGGACAGGGGACUUUAGAACACCAGAGGGCGCUCAUCCAGCUGGCAACGUGUCACUUUGCUCUGGGAGAGUACCGAAUGACAUGUGAGAAAGUUCUGGACCUGAUGUGCUACAUGGUGCUUCCCAUACAAGAUGGCGGGAAGUCGCAGGAAGAGCCGUCCAAAGUAAAGCCCAAGUGUAGAAAAGGUGUGGAUCUGAAGCUUCUGCCCUGUACCAGUAAGGCUAUUAUGCCGUACUGCCUGCACUUGAUGCUAGCCUGCUUUAAGCUGAGAGCUUUUACAGACAACAGAGACGACAUGGCGCUGGGCCAUGUGAUUGUACUGCUCCAGCAGGAGUGGCCACGGGGAGAGAACCUCUUCCUGAAAGCCAUCAGUAAGAUUUGCCAGCAAGGAAACUUCCAGUAUGAGAACUUCUUCAGCUACGUUACAAACAUUGAUAUGCUGGAGGAAUUUGCUUAUUUAAGAACCCAAGAAGGAGGGAAGAUUCAUCUGGAAUUACUCCCAAAUCAAGGAAUGCUGAUCAACCAUUGCAGACCUUUUGGGUGGUCCCUCCAGAUGAGUGGCAGAGAUGUUGUGAGCAGUGUACCUCUCCUCCCCUUGGGGCCUUCUAGCCCUCCCAUGGGGUUGCUGCAGCAGGAAUUCUUACCUGUGCUUCAGCCCAGCAUACAGACUGCUGACAGGCACCACACAGUCACUCGAGGCAUCACCAAAGGUGUAAAGGAGGACUUCCGCCUGGCCAUGGAGCGCCAGGUCUCCCGCUGUGGUGAGAACCUCAUGGUGGUACUGCAUCGCUUCUGCAUUAAUGAGAAGAUCUUGCUCCUGCAGACUCUGACCUGAUAGGACCUCCCGGCCACCAGCGGCUCAGCCAUGACAAGCGCUGCCAGACCAGUGCUGAUAAAGAAGGAAAACAAGUUCUUACUCCCUUGGUUGCUUAAAAGUCCCAAAAGUGUCAGAAGUUACUUCUAUUUUUAAGACUUCAGGUUUUUUAAUUUGUACAAAACAAGAGUCAAUCCAUUUUGUAAAUAAAAAUCCUAAAAAUUUAAAGUUUAAAAAAAAAAAACCUUAUUUUUAGUUUCAAGUAGGGUACAUUUGUCUUCUAUUUUUCUAAUCAUAUGGCAAGGGGGCAAAAAUCUAACACAGUUGAAUGCAGGAAUGAAUUUUUUUGAUAGAUUUACAUAACAGAAUAUGUAUUCCGUGACCUCGGGUGUGUUUUUAUUGAUAUGCUUUGGUAAGUAUUACACAGCAAGAUAACAUCUGACCUUUGGUUUUACGCACAAUUGAACUUGAGCCGUCCUGUCCCUGCUGGCAGUCCUUUGUAGUACUCUAUGGUCUCUGAAAAGCCAGGACGAGAAAUAUCAGAAACAGUAAAGUGCAGGGGACCCUCUCUGCUGGGGCAACCUACUGAAGCAUAGAUCUUAGGGGCAAAAGAUUUUCUUGCUACAUCACCUGCCAUAAUUUGAAUAGUGUCACCCAAAGGUCAUUGUGUUCAAGCUGGCCCUAACUUCACGUUAGUUUAGAGUGUGAUACAUUUGACGGUGGUUAUUUAUAGAGUUCAGUAGGGGUUUCUAGCUUUGUACUUUCACUUACUUCCUGUUGAGAAGUCUUUAUGGGCCCCAGCAAAUACCUUUAAAAUAUGAUGCUGAAGAAUAGAUAGUAAUCUGGAAGACAAAUAAAGUGAUUUCGUGAUUUGAGUGUUAUUGUCCAUAUUCCACUAAUAAAACAGGAAUAAGAGGGUCACAUAGUAGUUUAUAUUAACAGUUACAUUUCUAAUGGAUGCCAGGUUCAGAUGUGAGUGGCAUGCCAGGUCACCGUGAGCACAGUGGAGGUGUAUGUUACCCAUGAAAACAAAUGACUGGUGGAGAUUGAAGCGUUAAUGUUUUAGCCAGAGCUCCAAGUGAGCCAGCUGCCCAGAGCCUUGCUUGUCAAGGGAGGCAGCUCCACACCUCCCAGAACCCGGGCUCCAGUCAGCAGUCACAGCUCCACACCUCCCAGAACCCGGGCUCCAGUCAGCAGUCGCAGCUCCACACCUCCCAGAACCCGGGCUCCAGUCAGCAGUCGCAGCUCCACACCUCCCAGAACCUGGGCUCCAGUCAGCAAUCGCAGCUCCACACCUCUCAGAACCCGGGCUCCAGUCAGCAGUCACAGCUCCACACCUCCCAGAACCCGGGCUCCAGUCAGCAGUCACAGCUCCACACCUCCCAGAACCCGGGCACCUGGGCUCCAGUCAGCAGUCGCAGCUCCACACCUCCCAGAACCCGGGCUCCAGUCAACAAUCACAGCUCCACACCUCCCAGAACCCGGGCUCCAGUCAGCAGUCGCAGCUCCACACCUCCCAGAACCCCGGGCUCCAGUCAGCAGUCACAUGUUGUGUCCUAGAGUCUGGCCGGUGUGCUGUGGAAUGCUACUUAGCCCAGUGGGAGCAGAAAUUGUUGUUAUAAAUUCAAUAUAGUAAUGACGCCUUACAGUUUUGUCUAUCUUAUUAAGUUUAGAAUUUGAGAUAAUAAUAAAUACCUCAGU